UCUUCCCAAAAAUGUGUGAUAGUGUAUUGAUAAUUCAAGACAAUAAAGGAGAGGAGUGCAUUCAAGAACCCAUAUAUGAUCAAUAAGUGGAAGAAGAAGUAGAUGCUCGUAUAGAUGAAGAGGAGGAUUUAUCAUUAGUAACAAACGUCUUGCAAGUUCCAAAGAAAGAAAUGGAGGAUGAAGAGUGGCUUAGAAGAAGUAGUUACGAGGAUAUGGUGUCACUAGAAGUCUUGAACAAUCUUGAAUCAAAGAAUCAAGAACAGCCCCAACCACAAAAACUAUCUUGCUUCAAGAAAGGAGGUGAAGUUAGAGAUUCAAGAAAGUGUUUAGUGUUCUUAAUUAAUGACUUUCAAGAUUAUGUUCUUUGUGAUGUGACAACCAUGGAUGUUUGCCAUCUCUUACUUGGGUGUGAAAGAUCAUGUCCAUAUCAAACCAUUCCAGGUGGAAGGAGCAACACAUUCAGCUUAUACAAGAAACAAGAUUGUUGCACAUUGCAACCAAAGAAGGGGAAAGCUAGCCCCAAACCAUUAAUCAAAAUGAAAAAGGAUGGAUGCAAGAGCGUCUACGUGGCUGCUUUCACCUGCAGCCUGUACACAAAGCAGCAACAGCCCUUAAUCUCUAGCAUGAUGCAGCAGCUUGAUACAAUAACUAACAAGAAUGCAGAUCAGUGGAACUACCAGAUCAUGCGCACAUUUCCUAAAACUUCAAUAUGCAUCACUUGCUGCCCUAUCAUGCACCAAAUCAACUUACAACUAGCCACACUUGAGGACAAGUGUGUUCCAAAGAGGGAUAGUCCAGAUGCAAUUCAUUUUUUUUUUUUUUAUAGGUAAUCAGA